UAUGCUAUUAUGGGGCUUGUGUGAUAUGCACCUACAGCUAUCCAGAGUGCUCGAUUGUGUAGUGCAUCUAUUUUCUUUAGUGUGUUGGGGCUUGCAGAGUUGUAAACGUUUGAUCCGUAGUCUUUUUUUGGUCUGAUUAGUGAUCUGUAGUUGGCAAAUAUGGUAGCCCAAGCGUAUUACAUACGGAAUCCUUAUCCGGUACCGGAUGUCUCUCGAGAGGGUUUCUGGACAGCUCGUGGACCGGUACUUGGUAAUAAAGUUUUACCUAACUACAGGGACUGGGAUCUCAAGUUAACUCCUUACGAACGUCUUUUUGCUCAUCAUACUUUGAACAGCAUAAGAAAGGAUCGUCGAUUAGUCAGACCGCAAGUACCAAACGAUUCCUUGGACUUGGCAUUGAAUAGCGUUUACGUUCAUAGCAAGGACACUUUAGUUCCAAAAAUGUACACAAUCAUGCAACCCGAAACUCUUGGACAAGAGACUUGGCGAGUUCUCAAAAAUGAAAUUAAGAUCAUACCUAAGAAACCAAUAUUACCUGUCGAUCAAAAGCGAGACGUGAUCAUAACCGGUAAUAUCUUUGAAUCUUCAACGAAAGAACGGAUUUUGGGUGAAUCAUUAAAAUGUUAUCGUGGCCCGAUCAUCGAUAAUAGGAUUCAUCCUAGCAGCGUGAAAUUAGCUAUCGAGGGUCCUCAUACGGAUCAAUCGAAUCCCGGCUACAGUCGUAAAAUUGACGGAACUUUUUACAAUAUUUAAAGAUGGAUUUUCGAGAAUUGCAAACUGAGAGAGAGCGAGAGAGAGAGAGAGAGAGAGAGAUGUUUGAGCUUUUAUAUAUAUCGACAAAUCGUGUUAAGCCUUCUGACCACCCCGUAUUUUCAAGAAUAGCCACUCGGAUUUGCUUCUUUCUACUGAACAGAGUACACCGAAUGAAAUGUUUGAUGGUCCACAAAUCGAUGCUCUUAAAACGAGAUCGAUAAUCUAGAUUAUCUAGGUGUCUUUACAUUGCGAAAUUAGUCAAACGUACGAUGUAAAAUAAAUAUCAUCAUCCUAUGAUAAAAGGAAACUCUUCUCGCUUCUUGGCAAUAUUAUCCCCAGUUUGAUGCAACA